AUGGCGGGGCGGCGGGGGCCGUGGCAGGGGGGCCGAGGAUCCUGCAGUUGGAACAAGCUGCGUCCUUCGUAUACGAGGACGGACGGCGGUGUGACGAGGAGACAGGGUGUCUCUCUGCCACGCAGGUCACCGAGACACGCGGGGUAGAUGCACUUGGGGACUUCUUGAUGGAGGAGACUGUCUAUUACACCCCCACAGGCGCCCCAGUCACGCUCUCCACCAGGUACUACGACAACGCCAUCCAGGUGUUCCGCCAAGAGUUCCCAGAUGGACUGAAAGGUACCAGCACUGGAGACAAAGACGCUGUGAGCACCUGUUUCCCUCGCCUCCGCCUGCCUGACACGCCCGGCCUUCGCUACAUCACUCCCGGAGGCUACAUGGCUGGUUGGACGCUGCUCUCCCACGGCAGCAUUAAUUCAGAUCUCAACUGGUUCCGAGAUGGCGAGGACGGCGGCAUAGUUGUCCUCUUCAGCGGCGAGAUCGGGGCGGUGUCCAGUGUGGUAGUGUCCCCUUUGACCCAGCCCAUGUCCACUAAUGUCAAGCUGGACCGGGGCAAUCGAACCCUGGAAUGGGGAGUGCAGGGACAAGCUGAGGACAUCCAUGCCGGUUACACCUCUGAGGUCAUCCUGGUGCCGGGGGGUGAGGGAAUCAGCCAGAAUAUUAUGGCGUGGGGAGGCGCCUUGAGGACCUACCACGGCACACACAAGCUGCAGGACCCGUCGGCGGAGUACCUGAGUUAUUACACGGACAACGGCGCGGCACAUUACUACAACCCGCUGCCUUAUGACGACCUCCACGACGCUCUCAUGAGUGUGUACAACUUCUCCGUGCAGCACAACCUCCCCAUCAGACGCGUGCAGCUCGAUUCGUGGUGGUAUUAUAAGGGGGAAGGCGGCGGCGUGAAGAACUGGACGGAAAUCCCUGAGUUUCUUCCCGAGGGCAUCGCGGGUAUGCACCAGGCGACGGGGUGGCCCAUUGUGGCUCAUAACAGGUACUUCAGCAGUGACACGGAUUACGCCCAGCAGAAUGGAGGCCCGUACCCCUUCACUGUGGACGGGGACACGCUUAAGUCGCUGCCGCUGGACCGAGUGUUUUGGAACGACCUGCUGGACGCCGCCCUCGCCUGGGGUCUGGACACCUACGAGCAGGACUGGCUGGACAGGCAGUACUUGUUCACCAGCGCCCUCCACACCAACCUGACGCUGGGCUCCUCGUGGCUGAGUGACAUGGGUGAGGCGGCGCAGCAACGGGGCCUCAACAUUCAGUACUGCAUGGCUCUCGUCCGCCAACUCCUGCACUCCCUCGACCUACCCGCCGUCACGCAGAUCAGAGUGAGCGACGACUAUAUACUACACCCGGACCAGUGGCGCAUCGGGGUGACGUCUCUGCUGGCCCACGCCCUCUCGCUGCGGCCCUACAAGGAUGUCUUCUGGUCCUCACAGGAAAACAUCAACGUGGUGUUCGCGGACUGUGAGGUGGUGACGCCAGAUGUGGAUCAACCCUGGCGACUCUGGCACCUAUACAGCGGCCGCGCCAACGUGUCAGCUUCCGGGAAGCCGUGCGUGGCGUGGCGGGACAUCGGAUGGGACGACCUGUACUACGGCAUCGGCCUGGACCUUAAUCUCUGUCGUAACCCCGAGAACCUGAAGGACGGCGCCUUCUGCUUCACCCGUGCCUCCCUCGACAUGCCGGAGGAGUCCUGGGAGUGGGAGUACUGCGAAGUGCCGCAGUGUGAUGUGGACUGCUACACCCUGAACGGCGCUCUGUACCUGGGCGGCCAGAACGUGACACAGAGCGGGCGGGCGUGCGUGGACUGGGGCGGCGAUCACGGCAUUGACGGGGGGGUGUGUCGCAACCCUGACAACGACGUGGCUCCGUGGUGCUACGUGACGGAGGGACACACGGAGCGGGAUUACUGCGAUAACAAGUGUCCGGAGGCAAAGGAGUUGAGCCCGUCACUCCAAGCGGCUGUUUCUACGCUGUCCGCUGGUCCCUUUGGCGUUGGCGACAGAGCGGAGGCGUUGGAUGUGGAGCUGAUUAUGAAGUCUUGUAAUGCUGAUGGGCGGCUGCUCCACCCGUCCAAGCCUCUGACGGUAGUUGACGGGUAUUUCUUCUCCUCUGACUACCGUGAAGUGUGGACUGCUUAUAGUCAGGUACACUCUUACUUGUUCGGGGUCAUUUUCCUAGCGGAGGUGGACAAGGCGCUGACUAUGACACCUUCUGAGCUGAAUCUUGCCGAUGCCUUCACCACAUCUACCCUGGUCUUCAGUAACUACCCGCAGGACCUCGCCUACAGGAAAUUUGUGUCCCCUGAGGAAGCGUUGGACAUGCCCUCUUGCGGCGGCUAUCUCAACUUCUGCCUCCUGUACACGGCGCCGCUCAUACAGACAGACGCUGGGGAUCUGUAUAUCCUUGGGGAGUUGGAGAAGUGGGUACCCGUGUCUCCUGAUAGGAUUACGGACAUUGUAACCACCACCACCGCCACCACAGCCACCACUACAUCCUCCUCCUUCUCCGCCUCCUCGGUGACCUUGUCGGUGCGAGGCGUCCAAGGAGAGAGAGUGACCUUAUCCUUCAGCGGCGCCACUGACUUUAAUGUGACCUGCGCCUUCCAGGAGGGCGGAGUGAUGACCCUGGACGUCGCCGCCAGGACCUGCAUCCCUUCCACCACCGCCUGAGUCCUGCAGCGUCCUUUCGUACCGUCAAUAAAACACUGAACACCUGCCUGCCGGAGUCCCUGUAGUGGUAAUAGAUUACAGAAAAUAGUAGAUAAGUAAAUCAGAAUGAAUAAAUGAAGAAUAAGAUCAAGUGAAGAAUAAGUACUUGUUAGUCUUCUUGAUACUGGUUUUAA